AUGUGCUCCACAAACCCCGGCAACUGGGUCACAUUUGAUGAUGACCCCACUUUUCAGUCUUCUCAAAAGUCAAAGAAUUUCCCUCUGGAGAAUCAAGGCAUCUGUAGGCCGAAUGGACUUAAGCUGAACCUUUCUGGUCCUAAGGAGUUUCCUAGUGGAUCUUCCUCCACCAACAGUACCCCUCUUUCCUCUCCCAUCAUAGACUUCUACUUCAGUCCAGGACCUCCAAGUAACUCUCCUCUUUCUACACCUACCAAAGACUUCCCAGGUAUUCCUGGCAUUCCCAAAGCAGGGACUCAUGUGCUUUACCCAAUUCCGGAGUCAUCUUCAAACAGUCCGCUUAUACCAGGAGCAGGUUCUUCCUUAUUGCCCACAAAACCAGCCUGUUUAUCCCAUGCUUCCUUGGCCAGUGACCACUCAUGUAUACAGCCAGCUCCCAAAGUGGGUCUUCCAGAUGAAAUGAGCCCUCACCAGGCUGAAAGCCUAGGGUUCCAAAGUGAUACUCCCAAGUUUCAGUAUUUUCGGGAGGACUGUGCCUUUUCAAGUCCAUUUUGGAAAGAUGAAGGCAGUGCUUCCCAGCUCACCUUUGACCCUCCAGGAAGCAGAAAGAUGUUUCCAUCAAGAGACAAAGAGAUGCCUAUUGAUCAAAAAAGCUUAAAUCAAUGUUCACUCAGCUACAUCUGUGAGAAACUUGAACAUCUCCAAUCAACUGAGAACCAAGACUUACUUGGAAAUUUGUCUCUGCAGUGUCUGUACCCUGAAGACACCUCUUCCUUUGUCCCCCAUAUGCUCUUCAGGAGUCAGCCAAAGCCUGGAUGGUCUUUCAUGUUGAGAAUUCCUGAGAAGAAGAACAUGAUGUCUUCCCGUCAGUGGGGGCCAAUUUUUCUAAAAGUGUUACCUGGAGGAAUUUUGCAAAUGUAUUAUGAGAAAGGAUUAGAAAAACCAUUUAAGGAGUUACAGCUUGAUCCAUACUGCAGGCUUUCUGAACCCAAAGUUGAGAACUUCAGUGUGGCAGGAAAGAUCCAUACUGUGAAGAUUGAACAUGUGUCUUACAUAGAAAGAAGGAAAUACCAUUCUAAGACAGAAGUAGUUCAUGAACCAGACGUAGAACAGAUGCUGAAGUUGGGGUCCACCGAGUACCAUGACUUCCUCGAUUUUCUGACUACUGUGGAGGAGGAACUGAUGAAACUGCCAGCUGUUUCAAAACCAAAGAAGAACUAUGAGGAGCAAGAAAUUUGCCUGGAAAUUGUGGACAACUUUUGGGGUAAAAUCACUAAAGAAGAAGGAAAAUUGGUGGAAAGUGCUGUGAUCACUCAGAUCUGUUGCCUCUGCUUUGUGAAUGGGAAUGCAGAAUGCUUUUUAACCUUGAAUGACCUGGAGCUGCAGAAGCGAAAUGAACGCUAUUUUGAAAAAGACCCAGAAAAGAAGGGGAUUGAUAUUCUUGACUAUCAUUUUCAUAAGUGUGUGAAAGCACAAGAAUUUGAGCAAUCAAGAAUCAUUAAGUUUGUACCUCUGGAUGCCUGCCGGUUUGAGCUGAUGCGUUUCAAGACUUUGUACAACGGGGAAGAUCUUCCCUUUUCCCUGAAGUCAGUUGUGGUUGUCCAGGGGGCGUACGUGGAGCUUCAGGCAUUUGUCAACAUGACCCCAUCCCAUGCCAGCUCCUUGAGGUCCUGUGACAACAUAAUGAUACACUUUCCUGUCCCGUCACAGUGGAUCAAGGCUCUCUGGACCAUGAACCUCCAGAGGCAGAAGUCCCUGAAAGCCAAAAUGAACCGCCGGGCAUGUCUGGGGAAUUUACACGAACCUGAAUCUGAACCCAUCAUACAGGUCACUGUGGGAUCAGCAAAAUAUGAGAGUGCCUACCGGGCCGUAGUAUGGAAGAUAGACCGGCUUCCUGAUAAAAAUUCAAGUCCUGAUCAUCCCCACUGUUUGUCAUACAAACUAGAACUUGGAUCAGACCAAGAAAUUCCCUCUGAUUGGUAUCCAUUUGCUACUGUUCAGUUUGGGGUCCUCGACACCUGUGCCUCCCAGACAGAGGUCCGGUCUAUGGGGGUGGAAAGUGAUGUCCAGCCACAGAAACACAUUCAUCAGCGAGCUUGCUACAAUGUCCAGGUUGAAAUAGAAAAGAAGUGGAUAAAAAUCGAUGGAGAAGACCCAGAUAAAGCUGGUGACUGCGUAACUCAGUAGGAGUAGCAAGAGUCUGUGAUGACGAUCCACUUUGCAAAUAUGUAAUUCACAGAAACCAUACAGUUCUGCUACCGUAUGGGAAAUAACCGGCCCAAUGGCCAUGUUGAGAAAAGUUUAGACCUGACACCAGACCAUCUGUACUUUAUGCUUUUGAUACGUGUUUUUGCUCCAGGGGUUUCGUUGAAAAUGUGUCUAUAAUUUUCAUGAUGUUAUUGUUUCCUAGUGAAAUUCAAAGGCACUGUUAUUCAGGGUGUGACCUGACAGCCACUUGGCUAAAGCAUUUUUGAUAUUUGAUUGCCCAGUGGCUCAUUGUUUUGUACUCUGGGUUACCUGGGUGCCAUGUUUAUUAUCCUCCCGUCCCUAUCUCUCCUUGUUAAGUCAGCACAUGAACUGGAGGAGGAGGCAAUCAAAGGAGACAGGAACCAAAAUACUUCAUUCUCCCUCUUGCUCUGCUCUGAAAUGUGGCCAGUUGUAGAAUGAUGUUGAAACCCACAGGCUUACAUGGAGAUGUGGAACUAUCUCUGAUUCUGAAUGAUUUAUCUUCCUGUCGUAUUACCACAGUGGUGAGUAUUUGGUACCUGUCUUUACCCCAGUCUGUUAUUAUUUUCAAAGUGUAUUUGUAUUCUGGUGUGUGCUACAAAGAAGCUGUUUCUGUUCAUAUACACAUUUUAGUACAAGCCACUAAGACAUACUGCCUUUUGCUUGGAGAGAGUCCUUUCGAAAUGGAAUCCUGAAAUGGAAUUUAAUUGGACACUAGUUAAAAUAUUUAUGUAUGUUAAGAAUGAAUUUUUAAAGUUCAUGAAUAUUGUUUCCCCAAAGUACAGACUCUAAGAAUGUAUUUUGAUAAAUCAUUAUUUGUAAUUAACAGAAGCCACUCUUGAGUGGAAGUCUAAAUCAUAUUAUGAUUAUUUUAUGCUAGUUCUGCUAUCAUGCUAUUUAUGCUAAUUCAGCUUAAUUUAGAGUAAUUUUCUUUGAAAGAUGAGCAAAGUGAAAGACACUAGAUUAUUUUACCUAGAUUUCUAAGAAAUGACAUUUCUUUUCUUCAAAGUCAGGUAAAUGUUUUUUAAUGAAAACCUGUGGCAUUAGCAGUUGUAAUUCUGUUUAUAAUUUCCUUUCAGUAUUUACAGUGAAAGAUCAGACUUUUAAAUUUAUGAAAUCUAUAUUCUAGGUAGUUUUUUAGUUGGAAAAACAUGUGGAAAAAACAUGUGGUAUUAAUACACCUUCAAUUUAUGUUGAUCCUUAGAUAUGAUUAGGAGAUAUUUUUCUCUAUUUACUAGAUUUGUUUUGAGUCAAAACUGAUAGAAUAGUGUUCUUCCAAACAACAUUAUUUGUUGGCCCCACAGAGGCUGCCUCAUCCAUUUUACUUAAUAUUACAUUACUUUCACUUUAAUCUGUUCAAAAUGCAGGUUAAAACAAACAUUCAUAAUGGUCUGUAUCAAUCAGCAGAUUUUAUUGCUUUUCAUUAUUUUACUGUGGAGGCAAAGAAUGCAAAAGUUGACUGUUGAAUUGGUAUUGCUCUUUUUAACUUCACAUAAUGUAUUGCUCAUAAUAUCAUAUCCUUAAGACUCACUGCUGACGUAUAGAAGGGCAAAUCUGUGUAUCAUUUUUAAAAAAAAGUUCUGCCAUCCUGUCUCCUCAUCUGGUGUGCCACAUUCUGGAGUGACUUUAAUCUGCUCUGAACAAAUCCGGAGGCAGCUGAACCUGAUACCGCUCCUUCCUCCUGGGACGUUUGUUGGGUUAAUUACCACCAUUCCUUUCAAAUCUGUGUUACAGCAUCCUGCCCAUAAAGAACUCAGUCUGAUUCGGAUGAACUUAAUAUUUACAGUGCAAAGUAAUUCCAGCAUAGGGUUCAACGAAUCGCCCCUCAGGCUUCAGGGGGUUGCCAGAAUGUGCGGGUCCCUCACUGCUGGGGUCAUUGAUUCAUCAGCCCUCCAGCCUACAAGGGCAUCUCAAGAUUCAGUGCUGGAGAUUUAAUGAAAGGCUGACUGAAGCCCAAGUUGAGUUUCUGCGCAGUGCAAAGGUUGAUAGCAAGAACAGCGGGGUGCUGCAGAGUAAUUGUUAAUUUGCACAUCUAUUAGGAUCCUUAAAUAUUCAUUACUGAGCAUUAAAUUAACAUUCUGUGUAGGUGGAGAGGCUUUUUAAUACAAUUCUUCUGACCUCAGAAAUGGCAGAAGGUCAAAUGUGACCACAGUGCUCUAAGUGAAAAAUUAGGUAGGGUCCACUUAGACUUACAAAUUAAAAAGUAGAAUCUCCUUUGCCAGGAAGUAAAUGAUGAUCAUCAAAACAAUAACAGCAAAACCUUCUGCUUUUAAGGCGGAGAAGAGAGGAAGGAGGUAAGUGAGGUAGGAACUACUCCUUUCUAGCAUUUUAGUUUAGGUAAUGUAGAUCAGCGUUUUGUGAAUUUGACCUUUGGGGGUCAGUUGUUUGAUGGACACCAUGGCCGACUUCCAAGGAGUUGAUCAGUUUGGGAUGAGCUGUUCUACUCUAAUUGGUCUGGUCUGGUUGCCUUACCAGUCAAAGGACCAUAUUAAUUGUGUAAAUGAAUUCAUGGCUUGAUGGUUACCUGAUCAAUUGUACAGAUCUGAAUUUAAGGACAUUUCCUUUUUUUAUGGGAAUGGAAGUAGUUUAUUCAUUAAAAAAGUAUGAAAAAAAAAACCUUUCCCAGCACGUAAAUAAAGGCUGGCAUUUUUGACCUGAUUUACAUAUUAGACAGUUCUAGGGUUUUAGUUCCCUCAGUUCUGGAUCAAUGUUAUGAUAUAGCCCUUUUUCUUAUAAAUUCAGUCAGAAGGCCUUCCUUAAUAAUGACUAAGUAUUAUUAUAUCUUACUCAAAAUAUGAUUUUAUGUCAUAUCAAUACAAAUAUAAAACAGAUUGAACCUUAAUAAUCAUGUAACAAAGUAUUUUGUAGAUUGCAUAUCGAUUUUUUAAAAUUAAAGAUGUAUUUCAAAUGA